AUGUUCGAGGAAGAGGGUGGAUUGGAAGAUGGCAUGCCAAUUUGUUCGUACUCGGUCGAAGCCGAAGUGCGAAAGAUUUGGCUCGACGAGCCUGGAAUAGGAGUGCGCGAUCUCGCGGACCGUCUAGUCCAGCAAUUUCCACCCGGCACGUUCGGAAUUGCAACAAAACAACGCGUCAGGGCUGCCAAACAAGGGAUCCCGUAUCGGCAGCUGGAAUCCGCACUGCAUGUCGACGCAUCCGAUAUGGACGUGACGUUUGUACAGCAAAAACUGGAGCAGCGGAUAUCCUACAAGGCGGCACGACAAUGGAAUGCGGCCGAUCGAAUAGAAAAAGGACUUACCGCCAUGGGUGUAGAAAUUGACGACUGGAAGCGUACCUGGUGUAUCGUAAGGCGUCCGGACCAAACCAAAAGCGAGGACACAAACGGGUCAGUAUUGUUGACCAAUGACGUCGGCGUCCCGUGCGGCAUGUGCGGGCGUAUGUUCGGAUCGCGGAACCUCGUCUUUCAUCACUUGCGUGAUCCAGCAUCAGGUUGUGGUACGUCAGUUUUUGCAUCCGGUCAAGCGAUUCCGACCCCGCCGAGUGUCAUCAAGAAGGAAGCCAAGCGAAAAACUCGCGUUCGGGGAAGGCGUACCGGCUGUACUGCGCGACACGCCGAAGCAGCGUCGUGCUUGUGGAUUGGCGACUUACCUGUGAUUUGGACCCGCCAGGGUGGCCAGUAUAAGCACGUACGUGCGCUCUUGUUUCGUCACGUACCAACCGGUGUACCGACACCGUGGAUUAAGACAGUUGUACGCAAAAGCUACCGAAAACAAGGAUUCUACAGAGGGUUUGCGAUUGUCGUCUUUCGCGAUGCCGAAGAAGCGACGGUGGUGUUGAACGCCAUGGAAGGUCUAGAAGUUUCAACCGCGUCUGUCUAUCCUGUGGAUACCCUUACUAGCCCAAAAGAUGCUGAUCUCGCUGAUGAACCCAGUUUUCUCCUGAAGGUCCGUAGAGUCGAGCACAAUGAUUUAGCUGAAGCUUUGCAUCCUACAGACUGGCAGAAUGACUCAACACCAGGACUGGAUCCGUCGUUUGAUGAACAACUUAGCCCCUUGGAUUGGGGGGAAUUGGAGCAUCGCAUCAUCCGUCUUAAUGAUAGACGUUCCGAGCCAGCUAAGCCGGUAGGCUCCGAUUCCUGCACAAAACGCCUUCUUUCCCACAACGGGCACGACGAAGUACUAGCCCACGCUGUUGCAUGCUAUGCUCAGUGCGGACCCCGUAAAGAGGUUCGACACCAAGGGCGAUUAAUUCCCGACAAGAUUCGGGACAAUUUGUUGCAAAUUCUUAUUACCCUACGCUGGCCUGCCCAGAACGAGCGGCAAGGUCUUAGUGCAGAGAGAUAUUUGGUACUGCAAACGAAUGUAAGCAAUGAUCUUUACUACAAUCAUUUGCGCAAGGCGUGUCGAGAGCUUAUGGAUUGGGCUGAUGCCGAAUACUACUACAGUGGCAUUGCUGUCACCAAAAACUUUGUCGCGUCACCACACAUUGAUCAUCGCGAUCAAUCAUUCCAGUAUGCCGUUUCACUCGGUGGCUUCACUGUGGGCGGUGAACUAUGUGUAGAGGGUGUUAAUGAUGCUGGAGACGAUUUUGUUAACGUCGUUGACACGCACGACCGCAUUGCUCAAGUUGACGGUCGUCACCCACACUGGGUCAGGACUUGGCAAGGCGAGGGCGAUCGCUACUCACUCAUCUUUUAUGAUACUUCAGAUCGGCGACCUACCCCGAUCAAUUCAAGAGGUGUAUUGACUGACUCGCAGUAUUGA